AUGUCUCGACCCAAGCCCACCCAUCGUAUCUUUCUCCUUACCGAACUGGUGCACGAGAUCGCGAGCAACCUUCACUCCAACGCCGACAAAUUCCACUUUGCGAUAACUUCUCGUGCUAUGUGGUUCCUUCUAUGCAAAUCCCUGUGGCACACUGUCAACAAUGAAGCACUUUGCUGUAUUCUCCCGGAAGAUCUGCUUUCCGUGAGACCGAAGCAUCGAAAGAUUCUGCUGCGCCAGCUAUCAGCGGACGAACAAGUGAGGUUCCGGGGAUACUCCUCCCACAUUCGCGACCUUCGGAUCACCGAUGCCUUCCUUUCCAUCCGCAGGACUCUCAAAGCUCAAUACUGGUUGCCAGUGCUUCGGUUCUUUGAUUCCACCCAUAUCGUAUUUCCCAAGCUACGUUCACUGUACCUUGUCUUCAGCCAUUCCACUGCUUUCCCUAUGGAAUGCAUGCCCCUAUUGGAACUCGUCGACCUCCAGGAGCUGGCUGUACAUUGCUGUCCUCGUCCUGAUCACAUCUCACGAGCACUUUCAGUUAUUCUCGCCCUUCUCAAGAACAUCAAAAAUACCACCAACAUACGCAUGUUCUCAUUUUCCUUUCUGGCCCUUUUGCUGCUGAAAGCUGCGACACCAUCGUUGACUCGCUCGCUCAUUGCCCUGGCAGACGGCUAUCCGGGCUGCGAAUACUGCUGUUAA